UGCGCUGUGUUGUCCCCAGCGAGAGCAGCUCAGCCCCUAUUCACAUGUUAAUAAGCCCCUAUAAAUACUAAACAACAGCCACUCAGCGCCAGCACCACGUCUCACUAGGAUUGCACAAUAAACACAGGCGCCUCGCCUCGCCUGUGAGUUUGUCCAUUUUUUUUCUUCCUGUAACCGGUUCCGUUUGCCAGCUGCCCCUCGUUGACGAAUUGGGAGGAAAAAAGCAGCAGCAGUGGGAGAAGCCACAAGCAACCAACAUGGCCCCUUCGGCUCGGCCCAGCAAGAACGGACUUGGCAUGGAUGAAGAUGAUUCAUUCUACGGGGUUCAGAAAACAGACAGAAAGAUCAGGAAACCUCUGGUGGAGAAGAAGAGGCGAGCUCGCAUCAAUGAGAGUUUGCAAGAGCUGCGGACUUUGCUGGCGGAUACAGACUUUCAUUCCAAGAUGGAGAACGCAGAAGUGCUGGAGAUGACUGUGAAGAAGGUGGAGGACAUCCUAAAGAACCGAACCCAAGAGUCAGACGCACUCAACAGAGAAGCCAGUGAGAGGUUUGCAGCCGGCUACAUCCAGUGCAUGCAUGAGGUCCACAUGUUUGUGUCCAGCUGUCCUGGGAUCGAUUCGACAGUGGCAGCGGAGCUCCUCAACCACCUCCUGGAGUGCAUGCCCCUGAACGAGGACCACCUUCAGGACGUGUUGAUGGAUCUAAUCGCGGACACUUCUGGAAACAGCAGCACUUGGCACGGUGGUGGAGAGACGCUCUGCACCUCUCUGGCCUCACCUGGAGGGAGGAGUUUAUCUAGUGGUUCGUCAUCGGUCCUGUCCCCGGCCCCCUCCACCAUAUCCAGCGAGGACCUGUGCUCUGACUUGGAUGAGACCGACAGCGAGCACAACCAGAGCUCCACUGAGGGUCUGGAGAACAGGGAGGCUCUGAGCAUGCCAACCAUGACCUAUCCAUGGUCUAUGUGGAGACCGUGGUAGGGAUUAGGGGGAUGGAUGCAGUCGGCACACACUGAACCGGGAGUUAGGAGGUGUUCUUUUAAGACGUGAAACUGGACCACCUGAUGGAUCAUAUAAGACACAAAUUCACCUGGACACACCUGAACACUGUCACUGCUCUGCUGUUGGUGGUGCACCUUACAUUUUUGGAUGUAUCUGUCCUUUUCAUUGUCCUGUUGUACCUCAGAAUGCCUGUUCACACAUUCAUCUCUCUCUUGGGUGUCACACAGUGAUGUUCAACUGUCAGAUUUGCUCUACAAGAAGCAAGGGAAACAAUUUGUCCACUGGCAGCAGCCUCAGCCAACAACGUUUUCACACAGCUGCAGAUGUUUCAGGAAUAUAACCGUGACUGCAGCUUUUCAAGUCAACCACAAGUUCAGCAGGUUAACACCUUUCAUUUGGCAUUCUGGGAAAUCACUCAGUGACGUAGAUGCAAAAGGACAGAGGUAAUUUCAUCAACAUUUCCACAGUGAAGCCUCCUAAAAGUACACCCCCUUACCCUGCUCAGAAGUCCACUGUUGUGACUUUUCCUUCUUCGCCAAGAAACACAAAACCUUUCAACAUUCACUUAUUUCCCAACAAAGGACAGACGAGGAGCCGUUAAGGAUGUUUGGAUUUUUAGUGUCAGUAACACUGUGUAUAUAGAAUCUGGUAUGAGGAGAGAAAGCUCUUUUAGAAUCUGAGAAGUUUUGGCAAUGCCUCUGAUUAAUAUAAAUAUUUCUAUUGUAUUUCAUAAAAGCCAUUAGUUUAUUUGACUAGUAGCCUCCUCCACUUUAAGUUGUAAUGAUGUCUAGAAACAUUUUACCAGCUAUAUGUCUGAAUGUGCUAAAAUAAAAUAAUGUAGCAUCACUGA